AAACCCUUCAAAAUCCAGUGGAAUAAGAAUUGCCGGAGAAAUCAGUUGGGCCAAAACAGCGCCGAUUGACGGAAAGAAAAUCAAAAGUCGGAAGAAAAUAAGAGCUGUUUUCUGGGUUUUGGGCCGUUGUUUGAGAUGGCUGCCACUCUCCGGAAACUUACAGUAUUUGUGUCAGGCAUGUGGAUCUGCCUCCUGCUCCUCAACCCCUUUCCACAAACCGGGGCAGUGGUUGGGCACAGAGAGCCGUUGCCUGACGACAGUAGAGACAACAUCACCAUUUUCACCCGGAUCCUGGACAGACUGUUGGAUGGCUACGACAACCGGCUGCGCCCCGGGCUGGGAGCAGAGAGUGUGACGGAGGUGAGGACAAAUAUCUACGUGACCAGCUUUGGACCGGUGUCAGACACAGAUAUGGAGUACACCAUCGAUGUGUUCUUCCGUCAAAGCUGGAGGGAUGAGAGGCUGAAGUUCGACGGGCCCAUGCAGGUCCUGCCUCUUAACAACCUCCUGGCCAGUAAGAUCUGGACUCCAGACACCUUCUUCCACAACGGGAAGAAAUCUGUGGCCCACAACAUGACCACGCCCAACAAACUCCUACGACUGGUGGACAACGGUACCCUGCUUUACACUAUGAGGCUGACCAUCCAUGCUGAGUGUCCCAUGCACUUGGAGGAUUUCCCCAUGGAUACACACGCCUGUCCUCUGAAGUUUGGAAGCUAUGCGUAUACCAACAAUGAAGUUGUCUAUAUCUGGACCAAAGGAGACGAAGAUUCUGUAGUCGUAGCGAAGGAUGGUUCAAGGCUAAACCAGUAUGAUCUACUAGGCCACGAUAUUGGGAAAGAAUCCAUGAGUUCCAGCACAGGAGAAUAUGUAGUGAUGACAACGUAUUUCCAUUUGAAAAGGAAAAUUGGCUAUUUUGUGAUUCAAACCUACCUCCCGUGCAUCAUGACUGUCAUCCUGUCUCAGGUCUCCUUCUGGCUAAACAGAGAGUCGGUUCCCGCCCGCACUGUAUUCGGGGUCACAACAGUUCUGACCAUGACAACCCUGAGUAUCAGUGCCAGGAACUCCCUGCCCAAGGUGGCCUAUGCUACAGCUAUGGACUGGUUCAUGGCAGUAUGCUAUGCCUUUGUCUUCUCCGCCCUGAUAGAGUUUGCCACAGUUAACUACUUCACCAAGCGCAGCUGGGCAUGGGAUGGGAAGAAGGAGGCCCAGGAGAUGAGGAGAAGAGAAUCUGCCUCCCUUUCCAAAAAGGCCAAUAACACAUUCAACAUUGUCGGAACUACCUACACCAUCAACGUGGUAAAGGACCCAGGUUUAACCACCGUCUCAAGGAGUGCCACCAGAGCGACACACCACCACCACCACCACAGCCACAAAGUCCCGAAAAUGGACGACUCAUACGUUGAAGCCAUAAAGUCCUACAACCGCGUCAGCAGAGUGGACAAGAUCUCACGCAUCAUCUUCCCGGUGCUGUUCUUCAUCUUCAACCUGGUCUAUUGGGCCACGUACAUCAACAGCAAGCCGCGCGCCAUCCUCUCCCCCAGGUCCACCACCCACAAUUAGAGUCUCCCCGACAAACUAUGAGGCUGAGGUGGCAGGAGGCCAAGAGAUCCACGACAUUUUAUUGUAUCAUUGUUUUGGACUUCAUUUUGAUAUUUGCAAGUCUCAAUAGGUCAAAGACAAACAUUCUCUUAGAUUUGUAUGUACAUAGUCAAACUAUAAAUGCUCAUUUGUUGUUUCCUGAUUAUAUGUUUCUUUGAUAGAAUAGACGGAUGGUGUUUUGGAUAUGCUUUCUCUUCACUCUGGCAUGAUAAGGGGGGAGCAUGUGUUUGAAUCCUUCAUGUUAGCUCAUUACAGAGGAUCAGGCCCUGGUGCAUCACACACACACACACACACCAUUCACUCUGAAUUGUCUCAGAAUGCAGCAAGGAGAGCCAUUGGCUUAUUGUCGCUAUGGUGGGCUCUUAUAGCCAGGGGCAGCCUGUACAGUUCCAUUGGAACAUCAUUAAUAAUCCUCAGUGUCUGCCCUUCUGCUAGCGCUGAAUCUCAACAGACCCAACGCAAUAUCAUCUGGAAUUGCUUUUGUGUCCUAUGGGCCUGCCUGUGCAUUUUCCAGUCCAGUGACUUUUAUUGUUUUAACAGGCUGAGUAUGCUCAAAGAGAAAGAAGCCGUGUGCCUUUUUGAAUACCCACAUCUUUAAGAUAAAGCUUUUGGCACACGCAAACACACACACACACACACACAAGCACACUGGUGUCCAUAUGGUUUGGUCCUGUGUGCGGAAGCUCCCCCUUCUCUUCCUCCUCGUACAGCCCAUGGUCACCGGUGGACAUGGUCAGCGAGGGUAAAAUCUCUAAAGCUUGGAUGAAACAUAAUCAUAAUAUGACUGAUGCAGCAUUAUAACAUUUUCUCUGUGUACAUUGUCAUGUAUUGGCUUACAGUGGUCAGCCUCUGUCAUAGUAUUCGGACACCAUUACCUCAGACUGAAGUCUAAUAUAGAUAACAGUUCAUUUGUAUAGUAAGGCAUUCAUUGGGUAAUUUAUUCAACCAUGUUCUAUCUAUAGUAAAUAUUCUUGACUUUUCAGUUAAUAAUGGAUGUUUUCUGAUGAAAGCUUUGACCCUUGUGCCUGUUCGUGUUGUUUUUUUCUCUCCAUGGGAUUAUGAUACAAGUUUGAGGCCCCGUUUAGAAAAAGACAACUUGUUUUUUAAGAUACCGUUUUUUUCCAUGUUGUCAUUCCCAUUCUAUAUAUUUGGUUUUAUUUGUGUGUACAGGGAUGGGCAAAAAUAAAAUAAAAAUACAAUUGCAUAAUACAUUUUCAAAAUACCAUAAA